UGUAAACAAACACAUCUGUGGUAUGACAUGACGGAUUUGGUCAAAUUUUUAGUUAUUUCUCAAAGAUACAAAUUGAAAGAAAUUUUUUCAAGUAUAUUCGUGUUUACUUAGACGAGUAAAUACAUCGAUCAUCUUAUUUUAUGGGACUUUUAUUCAACUUCACGGUCACAUUUGGUGGUUCUCCAGUUUCAACCCUCUGCUCUUCCUCAAGAUUUUCAGUCGCCUUACAUCCACGAUGGACCAAAAGUCGUUUUCAGACUGGGUGAAGAAACAGCUGUCAACGCUGUUAGGAUUUCAAGUUCCUGAUGAAAUGAUUCAAAUGAUACUGAAUCAUCAAAAGAAAGAAGAAUUAGAAAAGGAUUUGUGCUCUCUCUUGGAUGUUGGGAAUGAAGCUCAUUUUAAGUUCAUGAGAGAACUCAUAUCAAAAAAAGAGAAACUGCUCAAAAAUUCCAAAACAUCAAAGGAACCAAGUAACAUUCAUCCGAAACAAUCAGCAAACCAGUCUAAACAGCAGCAUUCUCAGAAAAGUAAUUCAAAACAACAACCAUCAAAAAACACGGCUCAGUCAACACCAUCAAACCAACAGCAAUCAAAUAAAAAUAAGAAAGCAUCGCAGAAAAAUGAAUCAGAAAAAGCACCUCCAAACAACACAAAACCUCCCAAGGAUUCAGGAGACUCAUCCGGAAAGAAGAAGAAAAAAUUCACCACUGUGUAUGAUGGUAGUACUGAAGGUUCAUGUUUGCUUGAAGGGAGGCGAAAAUGCGACUGCCAGGCUUCAAAACACAAGCUAAUCAACAACUGUUUACAUUGUGGCCGCAUAGUAUGUGAGCAAGAAGGCUCUGGUCCUUGUCUUUUCUGCUCCAAUUUGGUUUGCUCUAGAGAAGAGAGGAAUAUCCUAAACUCGCGUAGUAAACAGUCAGAUUUGCUGCUGCAGAAAUUGUACGACAAGGAAAGGCCUGUAGACUCUGGACUGGAUCAAGCCAUUGCCCAAAGGGACAAGUUACUGGAAUAUGAUAAAACAAGUGAAAAACGUACAACUGUGAUAGAUGAUGAAAGUGACUAUUACUCUGUGAACUCUGUCUGGUUAUCUCCGGAGGAGCGAGAUAAACUUCGUCAAAAGGAGGAUGAAAUGCGGGCAAGAAAACAUAAAUCAGCAAGAUAUAAAAGAUACACAAUAGAUUUCGCUGGUCGCCAAGUACUAGAAGUUCAAGAUGAUGAAAUUUAUGAUUUAAAUGAUCAAGAUAAACUGGCUAUAUUGAAUAAAAAAUUAUCAGAGUGUCACAUCAACGAUUCUGAAGACAAUAUAGCUCCAGCAACAGAUAUGCAACCUGAGUUCCAGGAAAAUGCUGUGGUAAAGAAGUACAAAACCAAAGGCUUUAGAGAUCCGAAUCGUUUCGAUGAUUUGACGAGAGUUCAAGAUAAAGAAUACAUGGAAAUUUCAGAUAUGGGCUUUUGUCUGAGCAUGCAUCAACCGUGGGCCUCCCUUCUUGUAGCUGGAAUUAAAAAACACGAGGGAAGAACUUGGUACACGCAUCAUCGAGGACGACUCUGGAUAGCAGCAGGCUCAAAGCCACCCGUUGAAAGUGAAAUCCAAAGGGUCGAGAACGAGUAUAGAUUCCUUCGAGGAGACGACACCAUAUUCCCUUCAAGUUACCCAACUGGAUGCUUAUUAGGAUGUGUCAACGUCAUCGACUGCCUGUCCCAAGAAGAGUAUCAGCGCAAAUACCCUGAUGGUGAAAACGACAGUCCUUUUGUGAUAAUUUGUGAAGAUCCAGUUUCACUCCCAUUCAAGUUCCUUAUCUCAGGGCAGCAUAAAAUUUAUCGCUUGGACUCAAAAAUACAUCAUGCAGCCUUGAAAGCAUUAGAGAAAAUCAAGAUUUAUUAGGCAUAAGAUUUCACUUUAAACUCUAUUUUUGUUAUCUAAGUAAUAUUGUUAUUUUUUUAUUCAAUUUUUCCAAUAAUUUCAAGAUUUUUAUUCAA